AAUCUGAAUCCGCAUCUGGAAAGAUCUGUCCUUACACGUCGGGUUCGCUUGUUUCCCUUCUUUUGCUCUUGCUGUCAGCCUCUGGGUUCUUCCAUGACCUUGGGGACCCUCAUGAAGUGCCCCGUCUCGCGUGUCUUGCGCUUAUCAUCUUUUCCUGAGCUUCCACAAAUUUUUCGACUCCAGCUCAGUGGCAGCAAUGUUGUUGAUCGUCUCAUUAUCCGUCGAUCUCGGCGAUAUCCUCUGCUUCAGCAUCUCCUCGAGGAUGUACUGAAUCCUCCCCUUCCUUGUAAUCUGUGAAAUAGUGGCCAUUCUCGCCUAUGACUUGGCUAGUUAGUGUUUGCUUAUAUUGACAUCGGGGGCGAUUAAUGCAGCAUGCCCAAGCCCCAUCGUUCUGACCGCCUCCCAAGCUAUUCCUUCGCUUUCAACCAUGAAGUACGUUCCCGAUCCUAACCUUACAUUACUUUCAAGCUCGCUUUCGCACUCGUCUGCGGAGUGUAACGUUUACACUCGCAUCGAAGCAUACACCUGCAAAGCUACUACCAAAGACAAGAAGUUGUGGAAAGCAAUUGAUGAACAUUUCGAGGAAGAAUUGAGCGCGCUCAACGAUCCUAAUUCGAUGCAAAUGCCUCCGGAGUACGGUUCUCCCCUCGACAGCGCGUUCGGACCGCUUGAUGGCCGCCGUUCACGCCGAACCUAUUUUCUUCUCGUCAACCUCCUCAACGUCGCGUUUCCAGAUUAUGACUUCUCCAACGUCAAUCCGGAUCAUUUCACAAGGGAGCCCAAUGGGGGCGUGCCCGUUCUGACUUCACUUUCCAACACCUUUGCCUCACUUCGAGACUCUCCAGCGUCGUCACGGAAUGACGGGAAGUACUUCACUUCCCGUUCAUACUCCUCUUUCCCCAUCACAAACAAUGCCGAAGAUAUCUUCCCCAAACGUGUAUCCAGCUCCGCUUCGUCUUCUCCUAUUCUGCGGCCCACCAGCAAUCUGACCAGUCUUAUGAUGCGUAACGCCCCUCCCGUCAUCGCGAAUACACAUCCAACUCUCUUCCGCAUCCUCAACGGUGUUGUCACGCUUUCAGAAUGCGAGGUUUAUUCAUACAACCCCGAUCCAGCUUCCGACCCUCACGCCGGUAGUGACGGGGACUCAGAUUCCGAAGGGGUGCUUGAUUCGGACAACGGUGAAGAUGACUUUUCCGAUUCAGACUCCAUAUUUGAGCAAGGAUUGGAUGAUUAUUACGAUGGCGCGGCUUUCUAUCAUCCUUUUACCGCUAAGCAACGGGAUUCGAGCUCUUCUGAUGGUUCAAGAACAUCAUCCUCAUACUCGGGAUCACCUAUCCGUAGCGUCCCUAUUCGUGCACCCGUAUUUCACAAACGUCGGAGUUCCAACGGCGGGUUGUUAUGGUCCUCUUACUGGUUCUUCUUCCAUAAGAAAGAAAAGAAAAUACUUUUCAUUUCAGUGUGGGCCCGCGGUCGCAAACACCGUUCGUCGUACCUUUCCACAGCCGAGGAGGAAUUCGAAGUAUUUGAAGCCUGGGAAGGCGCGGUUGGGGCCGGGAAACGUGCGUUUGAGGAACAGUUGGGCGAACGAAAGGCCAAAGUCUCGAUAUUCUAAUUGGUCACGAAGCCGAUUUGAACGUGCGUUUCUUGACAAGCCAUUUCUAUUAGGUGGAGAUACGGAAUUUGCCUAAGAACCAUUUAUUCUCAUGUGCAUGUUCGUUGUGUUUCUGGGUCUAAUCAUUGUGUUUGUGCCUCUGGUAUCCUGUAACUUGUUUAUGUGUACGGUUGUUCUAUAGUUGUUAUACUUUCACGACUUAGCUCAGUUCCUUGUUUGCUGUAUACUUCUCUUUUACUGUAUGGAAUGUUGUGUACGUUAUUAAGCCUUUCCUAUUUCCAAUAUAAUCACCCUUCUGGAAUG